AUGGCAUUCGUUCAUUUGAAUUCUUUUGUGACAACACUGGAAAGGCGAGAUAGAAACAAGAAAGGGUGGUGGUUGAAAUCAAAGGUUUGUUACCCACACGUUGGGUGUUUCAGCAACGCAAAGCCAUUCCACAAUGCAUGGUUAAAAUUACCUCAGUCACCAAGUACUAUUGAUACCACCUUCAACCUGUACACCAGACAAAACACGGAUACCGCCCAGAUCCUGAAUCCUUAUGAUACAAACACCGUCUCCAGUUCACACUUUGAUUCCAGUCUGCCGACUGUUUUUAUUACUCACGGAUUCCAAGAUACAGCUAAAUCUGGAUGGCCACUGGAUAUGAAAGACGCCCUUCUACAAAAUGGAGACUUGAAUGUGAUAGCUGUUGACUGGUCGAAGGGCACGGAUGGAUUACUUUACUUUCAAUCCGUCGCCAAUACUCGCCUGGUUGGGGCCACUAUUGGAAACAUGAUAAAAACUUUACAAGAUAGCGCCAGCUUAUCUGUAGAAGAGGUCCAUCUUAUCGGUCACAGUCUAGGUGCCCAAAUUAUGGGGUACGCCGGGGACUGGGUGGAGGGAAUUGGCAGAAUCACGGGAUUAGACCCAGCUGGCUUUUGUUAUGAAAAGUAUGACAACAAAGUGAAACUAGAUCCCUCUGACGCUAAUUUUGUUGACGUCAUUCAUACCAAUGGAGGCUCGCUGGAACAAUUGGCUUUUGGAAUCAGAACACCAAAUGGGCACGUUGACUUCUAUCCAAACGGGGGUAGUCAUCAGCCUGGAUGCACGAACGGUGCGUGGCAGGACAUUAAGUAUUUUCUUGAAGGAAAAAUCAAAAAGAUUGAAAGGAACAUUGCAUGCAGUCAUGACCGAGCAGUGUACUUGUUCAUCGCGUCCAUCCAUUUUUGUGAAUUUAAAGCAUACUCCUGUACAGGGGGGUACUCGGACUUCGAACUGGGCGAGUCAGGACAUGUGGAAAUGGCUGCAAUAGUGGGCACGAUGUUGAUACGAAUCCCUCAAGCGGCAUCUCCAUUUGAGUAA